AUGACAACUUAUCCAGCAGACACUCCUAUUAUAACGCAACCUCCAUCUCCAGAUUCACCAUCAUCUUCCAAUGGCUCCAGCACCAGUCUUAGCGAAAAUUUGAAUAACAACUCCGUUUCUAACCAAAUCGAAUAUGUUAAUCAAAAUAAUAAUAGUGAUAAUUUUACAGUCGGCCUAGGAUUUUUAGGGGCUUCUGGAAACUAUGGAAAUUAUAGUUCACAUUUGAAUAAUAACCUUUCUAUUAGUCAAAAUCAAAGCGUUUCCCUAAAUUCUUCAAGUUCUAGUGUAGGAGCUGGGUUAACGCCUGGAAACGGAUCAGUGGGUAGCACAUCCAACUCCAGCUCGGCAGCUAGUUCAAUUCAAAACAUAGGUUUAAACAGUAGUCUGAUCAACUCUAACACUAAUAAUUUGUCAAGUUCUAGUCAUAGUAUGUCAGGAUCGAACAAUAAUAAUAGUAAUAAUAACGUGGUUAAUAAUUAUUUGACCGUUUAUGGUAAUAAUGGAAGCUCUGGAGGUGGUUCCGGAAGUGGAGGUGGAAGUGGACCGGGAGCUGACUCACCAAGAAUUCAUUGCUGCCGUCCAUGUUGUCCAUAUAGUCAUCACCGUCGGUUGUGUGAUCCUUGCUACUGCUCCAAUCGACCAGAGUCACACCGAGAUUCUUCUUCGUCCGAAGAAGUAAACGAUGCGCAAAGUGAUGAAAACACUUAUUUCCAAUUUGACUUCAUUGGAGUGGACGGACAUCAUGCUCGGCGAGUUUUACCUCCGAGUUGGAGGAUUCUACGUAAUUCGAAAGCUGAAUCAUCUGAUGAAUCGUCUUUAAGUGAUGCCGUUCAAACUGUGGAUCUUCCGAAAAUUCCUCAGAAGAAAAUACGUUGUGUCUAUUCGAUAGAUGCAGAAGAAAUAGAAGGGAAGAAGUGCAUGUUGGAAUGCAUCAGAUCUAGCUGCCUUCCUAGAUAUGUAGAAUGUCAUCGAAGGCGGCGUUGUUCAAGAAAACAAAGAUGUCACACAACAACACAACCACCAAGCCCCACGACAGAAUCACUUCCAACUUCUACAACAACCUACGAAAUGAAUACAACGUCAUUGGAAACUUCAACCACUGAUAUAUCAACAAUUACAUCAACGGAAGAACCCAUCAGCACAACGGUGAAGACACAUGAACAAUCGUCCACUUCCGGCAUGGAGUUUUCCACGAUGUCGACAACUUAUGAACCAAUAACAACGACUUUGGAAACUUCAACGACUGAUAUUUCAAUAAUUACAUCAACAGAAGAACCAGACACCAGCACGACGACGGAGUCGAAUGAACAAUCGUCCACUACCGGCAUGGAGUUUUCCACGAUGUCGACAACUUAUGAACCAAUAACAACAUCUUUGGAAACUUCAACCACUGAUAUGUUAACUAAUACAUCAACAGAAGAACCUGACAUCAGCACGACAAUAGAGCCAAAUGCACAAUCAACUACUUAUGAAAUGGAGUCUUCUACUGUAUCGGUCACAUAUGAGCCAGAAACAACAUCUUUAGAAACUUCAAGUACUAAAGUAUCAUCCACAACAGCAACGGGUGAACCUGCCAGUACGACGAUGGAGGCGAAUGAACAUUCAUCCACGUUUGAAACUGAGUCUUCUACUGUGCCAGCUACUAAUGAACCUAUAACAACGUCAUUUAUCCCUUCAACUACUGAUCUAUCAAUUAUUACUUCAACGGAAGAAGCAAAAAUCAGCACGACAAUGGAAACAGAUGAACUAUCAACCACAACGGAGUCAAGCUACUCCACAACUCAGUUUACAACCUUCAAAAUCCCAACAUCCUCAUUUUCGACGCUUCCUAUGGAAGGAACUUCUACAAAGGAGCAGACUACUCUGUCUACAGAAGAAACAUCUUCAGCCACAACAGCGACCAUUUUUGAAAAACUUUCUACAACUCUAUUCUUUGAAGAAACACAAGUAACAUCAACGUCUGACUUUACAUCGUCUCCUAGAAGUAUUGAAACAACACGUGUCAUAGAGUUCGAUACUUCAACGGAACUGCAAACGACUUCCAAAACCUCUACCACUACAGAAGAUACAACAACAGUGGGGACGACAACUGAAAUGGAGAUGAGAAGAUUCUGGAGACUAUUCGGAUGA